AUGUCUGAUGUUGAGGAACCUGCUGCAAAAUUAUCGAAGAUGGAGACAGCCUCUCAAAACACAGAAGAUGAAUUAGAUGAGGGACAAGAAGAAUGGCUCAGUGAAGAUAUACUUACAGAUGAAGAUGGAAAUAAUUUGCCUGAUCAAAGAGACGAUCAAGCCAAUAACAGUGUAGACAGUGCAGUGUAUAAUGGAGAAAAUGAGGAAGGUCCCAAUAAUGAUGAAAUAAAUGAUAAUAACGCAAGUAAUGAUGAGAUAACUGAUAUCAAAACACAGAAUGAAACCGAUGAUAUAGAGCAGGCUCUUGGUGAUAUGGAAAAUUCUAAUCAGAAUGAUUUACCAGGAGUCCUAGGAUCGUUCUUGACCAGAAAACCCAAAGAAAUUAAGUAUGAAAGCGAUAUUGAUGAAUCUGCAAAACAGUCGGAGGACGAUGGACAUUCCACUGAUGAGCUAUUGAGAAUGCUGGGUGAAGAUGAUCAGAAAACGAAAAAAGAGUUGACCAAGAAACCCACGAAGAGCACUGGUGAUGACGAUGAAACGACGGAUGAUGAGGUAUAUAAGGUGAAGACGAAUAUUAAGAAAAUUAUUGUAAACAAACCCGUGCCCAAAGCUGAACCGGAACAAAUAAGUGACGAAGACUGCGAUAUGGAUGAACCCACAUACGAACCGACUAGAGUGAAACGUACCUUCAACGUGGGGCAGAGAAGACACUAUGCUUCGAAGAGCACAACGCAGCCAAGCGUCAUAAGACCGACCAUCACAGUUACAAAGAAAGCGAUGGUCUUCGAUAAGACCAAAGAACUGAAGACGAUCAGCCGAGAGGUGAAGAGCGUGAGGCCGGACAGACCGGUCGCGGUGAAGAACGAGGUGAAGAGGAUCGUGUCCGAGAUGGGGAACAUCAACAGGGUGAAGCCCACCUCGGAGGAGCUCUUCGACAGACUGGUGAUGGAGGAUGUUAAAAAGGUGUUGGUGAGUCCAGAGAAGCGAAGGCACCAGGACAUCAUGAAGCCGGAGGAAAUGGAUGAGGAGGUGCCUUCAGACGGCGAGUCCAAUAACUCGGAAGACGAUUCACUGUUUGACGACUUUGCAUCAUCAGACUCGGAGGAUGUGGAAGACUGGUUCACAUUGGACAUCAGGGAGGAGAGAGCUGGUGACUAUAUACCGCUUUUAGGUUCAAGUGCGCACGCACUCCUCGCGGAGGAGAAGGAUAAGGUAGCAUCCCGCCUCCUCACCUUGAAGGAGAGUUUAUCAGCGCUGAACAGCAACGCGAGGCAGCAAGCUGAGCAGCUGAGAAAGGCGACCGCGACUCUAGCCGAAUUGGACGCGAAUUUGAAAACGUCUUGA